AUGCAGUCCCGGCCGAUGACACUGACGCUCUGCUUACGAUUUAUAUGGUGGUGCGGUUGCUGUGUCAGCGUCGCUUUGACCACAGAGUCACCUGUCACUGAAAGCGACGUACUAUUGACCACCCCUGCAAAAAGCAGCUUACAGGAUGUACCCACAACUACCUCUGCCCAACCGACCACAGAAUCCAGGUUACCAAGCACAGAGAAAAAAUCCACUACCACGGAUGUGCUUAUCAAGAAUGACACCAAUGAUACACCUCCACCAGAAACUACAGUGGCCACAGUGGCAACGACGACCACGACCCCGGCGCCGAAGCUCUCUAAUGUCUCUGCACCGUGCUCGGAGAGGCUAGGGACAUUCAUGGGCCGCGUUCUACGUGGCUUUCCUUCAAGGCUGCCCGAGCUCUGGGAGUUCCGCCGCCGCCGAUUUCUGCGGGCAGCAGUUGUCGGUGGCCUACCGCAACUGGGAGUGGAACGAAUGCAGGUAAACUGCAAUUUAAGCUCGGCGCACACCACGUGGGACGUGAAGCUUCGAGCACAGCUCGAUGGAAUCUGCAACCUCGGAAUCACGGGCCUGCCACGCAUGUACCUACGCUUCACGGGACCCGUGGUAGCGAAGGCGCGCUUCGCGGCCCCGCUAUCGGACGACUCCAAGCCUACACUAGAAGAUCUCCAGAUCCUCUCUGCAGAUGUACAGGAAAUCCACUACCAGAGCGUAUUGGGCUUCGAACAGCCGUUUGUGGAACGGGCCUCAAAGUACCUCCUCCAGAGGGCGCUUCGAGAGGAAGUACUCGGGCCUCUUCGAGAAGCCAUCAAGGCUGAGAUCGAAAACCCGAGCCCCGAGCCACCAACCACAACGGAUGAUAUCGACUUACCUUGAGAGCCAUACUUCGUCAUAGUCUAUGCCAUAAAACCAAUAAAUUAUUUAUUUUCUAUUUAA